AAAUGUCUGAGGUACGAACAGGGUUGCUAACAAUGGCGACCAUAAUCCUCAUUUGCAUAGGCUUAACCAUGACGGGAACAGGUUUAUAUUACAGGAAAACAGUCUCACAAUGUAUCCGAGAAACGGAUGGCAGUUUCGUUGUCCUUGGUUUGCUCUUGCUGGUGAUUCCUCAGUUUGCUCUUUACGCAAUCUGUUGUCGCUCCAAACGUAUGUUCACAAUUUACAUAUAUGCAAUGAUAUUCGUCUGCGUUGUCCUUGGUGGCUAUUCUUUAAAGUGUUUCAUCUACAACACAACCUUUGGAAUCGCCAAGAACCCUGCUGAGGAAAAGCGAACCGCCAAGCAACUGGUUGGCCGGCUAGUCCCUGAAAGUAAACUUGCAAGAGUCACCGACUGUAUCAUUUAUAACCAUGAUUGUAACUUCAAUGCCAGCCAAAACAGCAAUGUUUGGAGGUAUUGCUGCGCGCAACCGAGAGGAUGUGGAGUGACGACAAUGUUCGGGCAACCAGGAGAAUGGAGUUGGAAACAUCAACAUGUAGAGAACCAUGUUCCUGAAGAAUGUUCUUACGAAUACUGUCUUAGUUGCAGAGGUUGCCAGCUGAGCAUCUUAAAAGCCAUUGUUCAUCAAUGGAAAUAUCUCUCCAUGUUCUCUUAUCCUUCCCUCUUUCUCGUUUGUCUCAGCCUCGCCAUUGCCAGGUCCAUUAAAGACACUUUUGAUGAACCUGAUGAUUAUAGAGGCUAUUAUACUUGAUUUCAUUUUUCCAUAUCAAAUGUACAUGAUAUGUAAUUCUAGUUUUUAAUUAGAUUCUUUCAUUAAUCAUUAUUAUUACCUUUUU